CAUGGCACACACGCCGCUGCCUAACAACUCCUGGCAGAACAGCUCAGCCCCUCUCUUCACCGGCCUGGACCUCCUCCUGGAGCUGAAGCCCCUCUUCAUCCCGCUCUACGCCACGCUGGUGGCAGUGGCGUGCACGGGGAACCUCUUCCUCAUCCUCCUCAUCGCGCUCACCAAGAAGCUGCACUGCACCACCAAUUUCCUGAUCGGGAACCUGGCGGCAGCUGAUUUCAUCAUGUGCCUCGCCUGUGUCCCCCUCACUGUCUCCUAUGCCUUUGAGGAGCAGGGCUGGCUCUUCGGGAUGUUCAUGUGCUACUUUGUCACCUUGAUGCAGGCUGCCACUGUCUUCGUCUCGGUGCUGUCGCUCACCGCCAUCGCCAUCGACCGGUACGUGGUGGUGGCGUACCCCAUUCGCAGGAGGAUAAGCUGCCGGGCCUGUGUCUGCCUUGUGGCCUGCAUUUGGUUACUCUCCAUCACAGCCUCUGUCCCCACAGCGCUGCACACCCACUACUUGGAUCUCAACGCCAUCGGCCACAACAUGAUCAUCUGUGAAGAGUUCUGGAAGCACGAAGAGAGAGAGCGGCUGCUGUACUCGUGCCUGAUGCUCCUCUUGUCUUACGUGCUCCCACUUUUGGCGGUGUCGGUCUCCUUCUGUGCCAUCACCUACCGCUUGCGGAGGAGGAACAUCCCGGGCGCUGCCUAUCCCUGCCAAGACAAAUGGACCAAAACGAAGCAGAAGACCUUCCGGGUGCUGACCGUCUCGGUGGUGUGCUUCGCUGUCUGCUGGCUGCCCCUCCAGGUGGUGAACUUCAUCAGAGACAUCGAUGAGGAGUUCAUCAUCCUGGACAAGAGGUACGUCAAUGUCAUCCAGGUCUCAUGUCACCUGAUUGCCAUGAGCUCUGCCUGCUACAACCCCUUCAUCUAUGCCUCCCUCCACGACAAGUUCUGGUUCCACCUCAGCAGCUAUUUCUACCGCAAGAAGAAGAGCUCCAGUGGUCUGUCCUGCAAGGCUUCUCGGUUCAAUACCUGCUCCACCCUGGCAGAUACUCCCACCAGGGUCUCAGACAAGAUAGCUUUGCAAAUGAGAUUUUCUUGACUGAAGGACCUCACGGGAUCACUUUUGCUUUUGGACCUGCUGUGCACUUUGCUUUAGACCGGGCGCGGGAGCUCAUUGUUGGUCGUGGUUGUACGUUGCUGUUCCCAGAAGUGGUCUCAUGCCUGGCAAGGAGAGCGAGCACGAGGGAACAAACUGAUGGGCUCUGCAUCCUCGAGAAGCAGCUCUUCUGAGCAGCUCCAGGAUGUUUUGUUCUUUGGGGAAAACAAAUCAGUGCAAUAACAACCACUGCAGCCAGGCAGAGGCAGAGUCAUUCAGAGCAGGACGUAGCUGGAGGUGUUUCCACCUGACCCAAUCCCACAUACAGCUGGAAAGACGCAUCAGUGAAGAGACAGUUGCUCGGCUCGUUGAAGCAGAGGGCAGGAUGAGUAUCCGGAUUAGUGACCAGACACGCAACAAGCCUGAGGUAGUUCUCCAUAAGCCUCAGUUUUCAGAAAUGCCUCUGCAGCGGCAUGGCUGCAGUCUGCCUCCGUUUCUGUGCCUGUUCUGUGCACUGAGGAGUAAAACCUGAGCCACGAUCCUGCCAGCACCAGGGCAGGAAGCGGGGGCUG